AUGUCAAACCCACCUCUUCGCACCACAGCCCCUCGGCAGUCUAUCGCCUUGACAGACAAAUACCAUUCCGCACCACCCUGCACCGACCUCGAUACCGGCAACGACGCCGAAAAAGACCCCAACCCCAACCCCAUCACCUCCGGCUCCGACUCCAACCCAGACAUUCCCUCCCCAAUCACCACCACCACCACCACCACCCCCGCCCCCGACGGCGGCCCCCGCGCCUGGCUCGUCGCCUCCGCCUCCGCCUUCAUCUUCUUCUGCACCCUCGGCUACUCCAACGCCUUUGGCAUUUUCGAGCAAUACUACCUCACCUCCCCCUUCACCCCCCUCUUUCCGUCUUCCUCCCACUCCCACACCUCCUCCCUCUCCUCCUCCUCCAAGAUAGCCUGGAUCGGCUCCCUCCAAUCCUUCCUCUCCUUCUUCACCGGCCUCUUCGCCGGCCCGCUCUUCGACCGGUACGGCGCUUUUGUUACUGUCCGUCCGGGCGCCUUGUUGUUUGUGUUUGCCGUCAUGAUGACUAGCUUGUGCAAGCAGUAUUGGCAGUUGAUGCUGGCGCAGGGGGUUUUGGGUGGGGUUGCUAUGGGGUUGUUGAUGUUCCCUGCUAUGGCGGCGGUGGCGCAGUGGUUUGAUAAGAAGAGGGCGGCGGCGUUGGGACUGGCGGUUAGUGGGAGCUCGGUGGGGGGCGUGGUGGUUCCGAUUGUGUUGGGGAGGAUGUUGAAUGGUGGUUCUUCUGCUGCUGGUGGUGGUGGGUUGGAAGAAAGGGAAGGGGGGAAAUUGGGGUUCGGGUGGUCGGUCAGGAUCGUCGGGUUCGUGAUGUUGCCGCUUUUGGGAUUCGCGAGUCUGGCGAUUAAGCCGCGCCUGCCACCAUGGACGACUAGCUUCUUUUUGGGGAAAGCAUUGAAGCAGAAGGACUUUGUGAUGUUGGUGGUUGCGAUUUUCUUUUUGUUUCUGGGGAUGUUGACGCCGUUGUUUUUUAUUCCGACGUAUGCCGUCUCGAGAGGGGUGGAUGCUACGCUGGCGAGUUACUUGCUGGCUAUCGUCAACGCGGCGUCGACUUUUGGGCGCAUCAUUCCGGGCGUUCUGGCUGAUCGGGUUGGGAAGCUGAAUGUGCUGGCGGUGGGCGGGGUGGCAAGCGGGAUUAUUAUUCUCUGCUUUAACAAGGCGGAGACAACGGCCGGUUUGAUCGUGUACUCGAUUGUUUAUGGGUUUUCUUCUGGAAUGAUCAUUUCCGGGGCAUCUACGGCCUUGACGCUCAUCGAUGUGUACGGGGGAUAUCUCGAGUUGUCUAUCUUUAGCGGCGUCAUGUGCCUUGUCGGAGGGAUUGUGACAAUCGCAAGCAAGAUGGCAACGCCGCAGGGGAUUCUAGGAAGAGUGUGA